AUGUCUGCUCCAUUUAGAACCAACCAUCUCUCUCUUAACCCCAAACACGCUCGCGAUCACGUCGAGGACAACCUGGAGGAAUACGUGAAGACUGCCGAAUUCGACAAAGAGUGCGCUGAAAAGGCACGCAAGUCCGCCUUAUCAUCAGAUAAACACAGCGAUUCCUCCUCCUCCGAGUUCGAUAGCCUCUGGUCCAGCAGCGAGAGCGAGUCCAGCGUUACGACUGUCGAGAGCUCCCCCCAUGCGCCUUCCAGGAUCGAGGCGCAUCUCUACUACUCCGGUAUACGUGAAAAUGGUCGCGGGCCCAAGCUCAUCUACAGGGAUUCCUCUGACGUCUACGUGGAACCAACCGGCCCUGAGGAAUAUAAGCGACUCAUGCGCCUAGUUGCUGUUCCGGACCAUCAUGAGUUCGGAAAUGAUGGCUUGUGGGAAAAGGUCCGGGAUAAAUUUGUCGAGCUGCUUGACGACAAGGAGAUCAGGACUACAUGCAUCGACUUUGUUAAAUUCACCUGGCUCGAAAAGAAGAAGGACGGGGAGGUUGAGGUUGACGAGGACGAGGGAGAGAACGAGGCCUAUCAGGACGGCGACCGUCACUUCAGCAACCCGACCAUCUGGGUAGGCGUAGCACCCAACACUCUCACUGCUGACACUGCAUUCGAGGCCACCAAAGCCAUCCGUGCCUUCCUCAACGGGCUCAAUGUCACUGAUAUAGAUAUUGCGUACCGCGAGACAGUCCCCAAGUCCUCGGUUAGCCCAGCCCUCUUCGCUCCAGUUGGCAUUGUCGACCAUCGCAAAGAUUUUAUUGACCCCGUCUCUGUUGCUCUCAGUCUCCCCAUCGCGGGUCUCAAGACGACAAUGCAAGGUACAAUAGGACCAUACUUCCACGUUGGCAACACGCUGUAUGCCAUCACCGUCCGUCAUAACCUGUUCCUUGCCGAUAGAGGCAACGCCGAGUUCCGCUUUAAAACCUCUGCGCCGAAGAUACAGGUAGUCUUAAUGGGAAACCCUGCCUUCACGAACUACCUCGCCUCCAUUCAGGCAGAAAUUGGAACGCUCAUCGACCCUGUCGAUGCCAUUGAGAAGAAAGUCAAAACACUCACCUCCAACGUGCACAAUGGAAUUGGCCUUCCACAGUCGCAGAUCGAGCUCAACACCCACGUGGCCGAGCACGAUAGGCUUCGUGGCAAGAUCAACGCGCUCAAGGACUUCUUUGUGGAUAUUAAAAAGCGGUUCGGCAAGAUCACGCAGCGCGUCAUAGGACACGUCGUCUGGGCUCCCCCAAUCGGUGUUGGUGUUGCUCCUCACCAGUAUACGAGGGACCUUUGCGUUGUCCAGUUGCAUAAGGAAAGCUUUUCCAAUUUGCUCGGAAAUGUGCUUAGUCUUGGUCCCGAGUACACCUCCACGAAGCUCAAGUCGUUGUUAUAUGAACGUGACGAUGUCGAUCCGACCUUCAAAUACCCCACUGACGGUCUCCUUGCGCUCCGAAACAUUCUCACUUCCCAACAGAUCAGCAAUCCCGACAACAAGAGUGUCGCAGGCGACCCUAUUCGUCGUGCUAUUAAGCGCGGCUUCGCAACCAACACUACCGUGGGCACGAUUAGCAGAUUUAUGUCCUUUUCCCGCAAGUACUUCCCUAUAGGAAAUAUGGAGUCUAUCGAGUCGCCGAUUCUCUCUCAUGAAAACGAGACCAGCACCUUCUCCAAGGGAGGCGACUCUGGAUCCACCAUCGUCUCCCCCAAGGGCGAGUUUAUUUCGUUGCUCACCGGGGGGACUAACAAGGGAACCGAUGGGUCGGACAUCACGUACUCUACCGUCUUCGAAUGGGUCUGGGAGCUUGUGCGCGAACAGUUCCCAGGUGCCAACCUCUACUGGGAUGACAUUCCGGCAUUCUUAGCUGCCUAGACAUACAAAUCGACCUUCGUCCUUGGUGUUUCUGCGACUCCUUCUCUGUCUCGUUGCCCCCACGCUCACACCAGUUUUCAGCUUAUUCUGCGGCUUUGUGCUCGUUUGCGUCUUUGAGAAGGAGAGUCGCCGAUCUUGGCCGCCUUAGCGCUUUCCGCCAAUUUUGGUCGUCGGUCGUGAUUCGGUCAUACGUUCCAGUCUGUUGCAAUGCGCCUUGGACUGACCAGUGAGCGACGGGUCGAGAACGCUGGUUUUAUUGCGACGCUCUUGGGCAAGACGUUCGGCAGGUUCGCCUUUUUGUCUGGAGGAGUUCGGCAGACGCUUUGGAAGUUGCGCAUUUCACAAUGAUCAGGGCCAGUGAACCCAGUUGUGGUGAGGAUUAUUUCCCAAAACACGUGCCCUAAACAACCCCGGGCCAUCCAAUCAAAGUAAACAGUGGCUGUGGUCAAGAAGCGUCGUGAACAUUUGUUUUUUUUUUCUUUUCCGACAUAGGAAAUUCCUCUUU